AUUGCUUGCUGCGCUGCAUUUUAUUACGGAGAUGGCCGAUCAAAAUACAUACAAUAUGACCGACACACAGAAUAGUUUUGUAUUCAGAUUCCCAUUGAGACAUAUUGAAGAAAUAUGCCACAAAUACACUGUUAAAAGCCUCCCUUGCCUUGGAUCACAAGGGAUUUAUGUAUGUGUGUGUAUGUGUGUGUGUGUGUGUGUGUGUGUGUGUGUGUGUGGGUGCGUGCGUGCGUGUAUUUGGAGGGGGCUCUUAUCGUUGUUGCAUUACUUUCUUUUUGCACUGAUAUUAUGAUAAUAGCUGUAGAUUGAGUAUAAUUAUCUUCCACCUUAAAUUCUGGAGAUAAAUAGUUCACCAAUCGAAGUCCCCAUGGAAAAAGGUAAAGCAUUUUCACCCCUCUGGUUUCAUUUCUAAGUUAUCUUUGGAUGGGAUGGAGUGUCAUACUCUGGAGGAGGCAUCUAUAGCGCGCUUAAAAAAAAACUUGACCCGAUUGUAGUUGAGAUACUUGUAAAUUUUGUUUAACUGCAGUGUAUUCUAUUUUUAAGACGAUAUGAUGAGGUCGAUUUUAUAGAUGUGGUAAACGAUGUGUGUUCUUGGCCCAGCCAAUUGAAGAACACAUGAUCAAGUAUUUCGAACCAAAUGUUUUCUAUUUCUUGAAAUUGUUAUUUGGUAAGAAAUUUCAAGAAUUGCCACAACCCAGUCAGCCUCGGUCGGGAAAUAGAUGAAUGGAUAAAAGGAAGUGGUUGUAGAAUUAGUUUGUUGUGCCCGACCUUCUACACUUAACUUACAGAGAUGCAGUAUGUCCCAUUACCCCACUAAACUCUAAACUACAAAAAAAGGCCAGAUAUACAAUCACGGACUUGUAUUUCAAGAGUGAUUCUUCAACCCUGCGCAUACAAGGAAUGGCAACAGAAGUAACAAUAAGGAAACGCUCAUUGUGGGUCUGAAUCACAGUGAUCACUGUGAAACUGUUGCAGCAGGCGGCUGGGUAAUUACAAUCAGACCCGUGAAAGUCAAGAUUACUUCUGUUUUCUUGCAAGUAUCCGCCUGCGAAACUUAACGCGUGAUUAAAAUUGUACAAUAUAGAACUACAACUUUGUUCUUUUUAUCAACCGCGUGUGCGAAUAAUUGGAAAUAUGUAAAUAAUUGCUACUUUGAAACAGUUAGGUAGCUUCACAUUUUGCUGAAACUUGUAGUAUUGAAUUACAAUUUUGCCCCUCUUUUAUUUUAUUUGAAGGACGUGAUUCUAAUAAAGUAGAACUGAAUAAAUAAAGAUGCAUUUAGACGUUUUUGCAGUUUACCGAACACAUAUGGUGACCUUAUUGCCGUUCUGGUGACGUAGCCCCACCAUGAAGGAGGGGCUUAUGGCCAGCUAUGCCAUUUGAUUGGUUCGUCCCGCCUGUCGUGCUGCGGAGGUAUCUCUAAUCAUAUUCAACGUGUUUGCACAAGAAAUGUCAGCCUGAACUGGAUAUCUUCUGCUUUCGCCAAAUUACCCCACAACAAUGUCAUGCUCAGACAGCCCGGCUGCAAACUCCUUUUUAGUAGAUUCUCUGAUCAGCGUGGGCCGUGGCGGGGAAGGAACCUAUUACCCCAACAACAGCGUAUACCUGCCGCCUGCCUCUGAUCUAUCAUACGGCAUCCAAAACUGUGGACUUUUCCCAUCUCUGAGCAAACGCAGUGAGAACAACUCUCAGAGUAUGGUCCUGACUUCUCAUCCCUACAUGAGCGGGAUGGAGGUCUGGUCAGAUCCUCCCAGGUCCUGUCGCAUGGAGCAACCUGCAACCCAGCAAGUAGCAGCAUGUUCCUUCCCCCAGAAUAUCAAAGAAGAAAAUGCAUAUUGCUUAUAUGAUUCUGAGAAAUGUCCAAAAAGCGCGGCAGCAACAGAUCUUUCCACGUUUCCAAGGCUAACAUCAGAAUCGUGCUCCAAUACUGACACUACUACUAGCGGCGGGGUUCCUGUGCCCGGCUAUUUCCGUCUGUCCCAAGCCUACCCGACAACCAAACAGACACUUUAUACCAACACUGGGCAGGUUGGGGCCUCUCCGUUCGUGCCUCAGUCCCAGAUCCGUUUUGGAACACCCCCUUCUUCAGCUUCGACCCCGAGUGAAUUGGGGAGAAAAGGAAGCGAGGGGACAUCCCCCGGCCAUUUAACCUGCGGCUCGGAGAGAGAAGAGGCAGAGGCUCCGGCAUCUUCACCAAACGAAGAAUCUUCACCAGUCCAUUCAGAAAGCAGCAAAAACUCUCCUGAGAAAGAAACAAAAGGGGAAGUGAAAGCUGAAAAUGGGGCUAACUGGCUGACUGCAAAGAGUGGCAGGAAAAAACGAUGCCCUUACACCAAACAUCAGACCCUGGAGCUGGAGAAAGAGUUUCUUUUCAACAUGUACCUGACUCGAGAGCGUCGCCUAGAGAUUAGCCGCAGUGUCCACCUGACUGACAGACAGGUCAAAAUCUGGUUUCAAAAUCGCAGAAUGAAACUCAAGAAAAUGAACCGUGAGAACAGGAUUCGGGAGCUCACAGCUAACUUCAGCUUUUCAUGAUAAAUACAGACACUGGUUUGCCUAUUUACUCGGACAUCGGGAAGUUGUGCUAGUGUUACUGAAAGACUAAAAACUUUUCCACUUACCUCUGACUUCUCAGCCUUGUGCUGAUUGUAGAUAAAUGCGAUUUAUGUGUUUUUGUUUUUAUUUGUGGCGCUAGUCUGUUUCUGUAUCUAUAAUAAUAAGUGUUGCCAAUGAUAAGCAAGGCAUGCACAGAAGUUGUCCUCCUAUAUGAGAAUUUUCCAAACAACUGCGGAGGGAUAGGAUUGUGAGGGGGGGGG